AUGGGUUUGGACCUGGAGGCCAAUGGGGACGAACACCCCUUUCUUAUGAAUGAGACGGUCGAGCAUUUUUCCUGGAAAGCCGUCACCGUCAAUGUUAAGGAUAGAGAAACAAAACAGCCCAAAGCUAUUCUUCGCGAUGCUACCGGUUAUGUAAAUAAAGGUGAACUGAUGGUGCUCAUGGGCCCGUCAGGAAGCGGGAAAACGACUCUAUUGAACGUACUCGCCGGUCGAGCCAAUAGUCUGCAUGAUGGGGUUAAUGGCGAGGUUCUCGUCAAUGGCCGGACAGCAUCGAAAGAGACAUUUAGACAUUUGAGCUCUUAUGUGGAGCAGGAGGAUGUGCUUAUCGGGUCAUUGACAGUGGAGGAAACGCUGUAUUUCGCAGCCCAGCUGUCACUCUCCAGAUCCAUCCCAAAGAAGGAUCGAAUCCAGCGUAUCAAAUAUCUGCUCAACUCCUUCGGUAUCCAGAAUCAGGCUAAGACCUUGAUCGGUACCCCAAUUCGCAAGGGAAUCAGCGGUGGCCAGAAACGCCGUGUCAGUGUGGCUGCUCAAUUGAUUACCUGCCCUAAGAUCAUCUUCUUGGACGAGCCUACCAGCGGCUUAGAUUCCACCGCCAGUUAUGAGGUGAUGUCGUUUGUGAAGGCCCUGGCCAGGAAGAACAAUCUCAUCGUUAUUGCGAGCAUUCAUCAGCCGUCCACCUCAAUGUUUGAAUCAUUUGAUAAGCUUCUCAUUUUGUCUGCAGGAAAGACUUGUUACUUUGGGCCUGGGAAGGACAUGAAGGCAUACCUUGACAAAACAGGACACCCGAUGCCCGUUCAGAUAAACCCGGCAGAGUUUGUGCUGGAUCUUGGGUACGGAUAUUAG